UGAGUUAAAUUAAUGCAAAGUAAUGGAAUGCUUCUGUUACAGAGGGAAGGCUUUCAGGUGAGAGCUGGAGAGGGGCCUGAAGGACGCUCUCCAACCAGACGCCACGCUUAGAUCUUCUCAGCCCCACCUUCACCGAAGCGCCGAGGAAACAGAAACACGUUGAGUGCGAGACAGAAACAGUCUCCGCCAGUCAAGAAACCCUCAAAAGUAUUUUGCCAUGGAUGUAGAAGAUGAAGAAAACAUGAGUCCGAGCAGCACAGAUGUUAAGGAAAACUGCGGUCUGGACGGCGCGCCCCCCAAGGACGGCAGCGGCCCGGGGCCCGGCGAGGGCGCCCCGCUCUCCAACGGGGGCGGCGGGGGCGCCGGCAGGAAGCGGGCCCUGGAAGAGAGCAGCAACGGCCGCUCCAAGUUCCGCCUGAAGAAGCGGAGGAGGGCGCCGGGGCCCGCGCUGCCCAAGAACGCACUGAUGCAGCUCAACGAGAUCAAGCCUGGCCUGCAGUACGCGCUGCUGUCGCAGACGGGACCCGUGCACGCGCCCCUCUUCGUCAUGUCCGUCGAGGUCAACGGGCAGGUCUUCGAGGGCUCCGGCCCCACGAAGAAGAAGGCCAAGCUGCACGCGGCCGAGAAGGCCUUGCGCUCCUUCGUCCAGUUUCCCAACGCCUCUGAGGCCCACCUGGCCAUGGGCCGGAGCCUGUCCGCCAAUGCAGACUUCACGUCCGACCAGGCUGACUUCCCCGACGCGCUCUUCAAUGGCUUCGAGACCCCGGACAGGCCAGACGUGCCCUUCUACCUGGGCGCCAACGGCGACGACUCCUUCAGCUCGAGUGGGGACCUCAGCCUGGCUGCGUCUCCCGUGCCUGCCAGCCUGGCCCAGCCGCCCCUCCCCGUGCCCCCACCGUUCCCGCCCCCGAGCGGGAAGAACCCCGUGAUGAUCUUGAACGAGCUGCGCCCGGGACUGAAGUAUGACUUCCUCUCAGAGAGCGGGGAGAGCCACGCCAAAAACUUCGUCCUGUCCGUGGUCGUGGACGGGCAGUUCUUCGAAGGCUCGGGGAGGAGCAAAAAGCUCGCCAAGGCCCGGGCCGCGCAGUCCGCCCUGGCCACUGUCUUUAACUUGCGCCUGGACCAGACCCCGUCUCGCCAGCCUGUCCCCAGCGAGGGCCUCCAGCUGCACUCGCCACAGGUCUUGGCCGAUGCCGUGGCUCGCCUGGUUCUGGAGAAGUUUGGGGACCUGACGGACAACCUCGCCGCCCCCCACGCGCGCAGGAAAGUUCUUGCUGGGAUCGUCAUGACAACAGGCACAGACGUGAAGGAUGCCAAGGUGAUCAGUGUUUCCACAGGAACAAAGUGUAUUAACGGGGAGUACAUGAGUGAUCGCGGCCUCGCGCUGAACGACUGCCACGCAGAAAUCAUAUCGCGAAGAUCCUUGCUUAGAUUUCUUUACACACAGCUUGAGCUUUACUUAAAUAGCAAAGAUGAUCAAAAAAGAUCCAUCUUUGAGAAAUCCGAGCGGGGAGGAUUUAAGCUGAAGGAGAACGUCCGGUUCCAUCUGUACAUCAGCACCUCCCCCUGUGGAGAUGCCAGGAUCUUCUCGCCACACGAGCCCGUCCUGGAAGAACCAGCAGACAGACAUCCAAAUCGUAAAGCCCGAGGACAGCUGCGGACGAAAAUAGAGUCUGGUGAGGGGACGAUCCCAGUCCGCUCGAAUGCCAGCAUCCAGACAUGGGACGGGGUGCUACAAGGGGAGCGGCUGCUCACCAUGUCCUGCAGUGACAAGAUGGCGCGGUGGAACGUGGUAGGCAUCCAGGGGUCCCUGCUCAGCGUCUUUGUGGAGCCGAUCUACUUCUCCAGCAUCAUCCUGGGCAGCCUCUACCACGGGGACCACCUCUCCAGGGCCAUGUACCAGCGCAUCUCCAACAUAGAGGACCUGCCCGCCCUGUACACCCUCAACAAGCCUCUGCUCAGCGGCAAGUAUCUCCGGGGCGGCCUCCUUCCUCUGCCCCACGCGCCUGGUUUUGCAGCCUCUGAGUCUUAGGAGGGAAGCACCAGAGGGAGGCUGCCCUGAGGCUAUGGGGGAGCCCGGGCCAGAGCGGAAGGCGAUGGGCCGUUUGAGUGAGUCCCUCGAGAUUACUCUCUCUAGCUGAUUGAAAACCUUGCCAUUUAUGGGGAAACUAGAGCCCAGGCUCGGCACCUGUGUGCUUUCCUUUCACCCGUACUGGUGUGUUCAAGUCCUGUGUCAGUAGCAGAGGCUCACAGAUGCCGUGAAGAUCCCGCAGGCAGCGGCCGCCCGAGAUGAAGCUGGGCCGGGCCCCGCGGGAUACGUCAGCGCAGCGAUGAGCCCCGCAGGCGGCCGGCGCCGCACUCCCAGGCCUGCUCGCAGAGGUUGGCGCUGGGGGUGUGUGUGCCCGUGACGAGCAGCGGUGUCUCUCAGUGGGGACUCGCCCCUGCCCAGCGAGCCCUGUGCUACCAGUUGUUUGUUGUUUCUCUUUUAGAAAGUCAGUGGCUAGCAGUAAAGUGAACAAGAGCUUUUGAAUUCAAGGGUCCUAACUUCUCAGGUCACCUUUAUUUAAAAGGACACAGUUAAGCCGUCACUUGUCUCUUACGUUCAUGGCCACUGAAAACAUCGCGUGUGAGACCCGCGGCAUGCAGGAGGUGCUUAGAAAUCGUUGCUGACCGGUGCCCUGUUGCGUGGUACUUACUAAGCAGCGUUGCUCCACCACUGCAACCUAAAAAGACAGGACCAUCUCGCUAAAGGAAUAUUCCAAGGUGUUGGAAGGAUAGCUCACCCGUGAAAGUCAAAUGUGUUCUAUCACAUCAUAGGUAUAUGAAGUGCAUCUGUGUCUGUGAAAACGUGUGGAAAAAUAGUGUUUCAGUUGGCGCUGCACCACAUAUAUUUGUUAAAAACCUGAAAUUAUAAAUAAGGAAAGAAUCUGCUCUUCCUUCUUCCUCCCCGGUAUCAUCUCUGACCCCAAAGCCUGGGGCCCACAGGUACCACGGCGGGUGUCGUCACAGACGAAAGGAUUCGAACAGCAGAAGUAUGGAGGGGGGCGGUGUCACUGUCUUAAGGUCUUGGGAGGUCACACUCCUUUGAAAUGGGCCCCACAGCGAAGCCCUCAAAACUUUCUCACAGCGGGUCCUGCAGUUAGUAGGUGCCCGGGACAGGGGAGCACCCGGCACACGCGGGUUGUCCCGCUCUGGUCCUCUGGCUGCGCGCACGUGGUGCGUAUCUGUGUGUUCAACAGUUCACGUCGUGGCUGUCGUUCCUUUUUCACUUCACGGUUUAUCGCAGAUCAUUCCCACGUUGAAAAGAGAACGAUGUGUGACAGCAGCGAGAGAACCGUAGUGUUGGAAGGGAGCGAGGAAAACGGACCUGAACGCCGUGCAGAGAGAGGCUGACGUAACUAAACAAGGUUUCCUGGAAACCAGAGCAAAUCUAGGUAGACUUAUUUAAAGAUUUAGCAGUGGGCUGUUUUUGAAGAUGCUGUCGAGGUUAAAAUGAGAAUUUUAUUUUAAUUUCAGCAUAAAUAGCAUGCGUUUACUUUCAGAAAGAAUUUCUUGGUGGCGAGCCUUUGCCUUGGACGUUCACGUGAUGCUCUUCCCCGGCCUCCUGAGCUCUCUCGUUUCUCCUUUUCAGAUUAGUUUCAAAUCCAGCGCCUGCACGUUUCAGGACAGUUCUGGCUUCUCCACUGGACCCCUGAGUCUGAGCUUCUCGACUGGCCCAGUUUGCUGUCCAUGUGCACUAGGGGAACGCAAGAAGAAAGACCAAGGUGCUGGACUGGCCCGGUGCCCCAGCUCCGGGGGCCAUGGUCACAGCCAGGCUGCCCAGGGUCACGGGGUGAGACUCCCCACGGUGCUGGUUUUACUGCCAGCGAUGUCACAAAACAGGAACACACAGAGGAGGAGGCCAAGGUGGGGAAGCGAGGGUGUGAGCUCACCUCCCCGUGAGCUCCGCAAAGAUACCUCCACACGUGGAGCUCUCCUCACCGAACACUAGCUGGAAACUGGCAGGAGGAUGGCCGUACAACCAAGGCUGCAAGAAGGAGACACACGUAACUGGGUGGGACGGGAAGAAGAGCAGCGGGUCGGGCCCUGUGCCCCCGGGAGGGGACCCAGAGGAGAAGGGAGAUCGCGGGGCCGGCAGCAGCCCGGGGGAGUGAGUCGUGAGAGCCACAGGCGGGGCAUCCUAGUCCUGGGGUCCUGCACGUAGGGGACAAGCCUCUCGUUCCUUGGAGAGCCGCUGGGACAGACGGCAAGGCUGGAGAAGCCUGGACUCCCCGCUGGUGAGGAGCACGGGUGCUGGCUGACCCCAGGCAGGGAGGGGAGAGGUCUGCCUUCGUGUCUGCUUCUGUUCUGCGCUCCCCAGCCUGAGCUGAGCGACCACCCUGGCCCUGCCCACUCCACACCACACCUCGGCACUGGACCUAGGGCAGCCAGGACCUGGGAAGAGACUUGAUCUGAGGAUGCAGAGGUGACCCAGAGGCCUGGGGUGUGGUCUGGGUGGGGUGAUGUCAGCCACUGUUGGUGCUUACUGAGGUGGCCACCUGAAUUCCCAUGACCGCCCCGGCACAUGCCCCAGCCCAGGCUGAGUGGACACCCCGGCCCUGCCCACUCCACUCCACAGCACAGCGCAGCACUAGACGGGGGAAAAGAUGUGACCACGGGCUGCGUCUGAGCAGAGCUGCAGACGCCUGCACAGGCAGCGCAUCAGCCCUCUGUAAGCACACGAGCCCCUUUGGCUUCAGCGCUCCCCUCCCUUGGGGCAAAGUGCUCGGUGCAGGAGACGGAAAAACACACACUUCAAGGGCACAGAGCCAACUCGAGCCCAACCCUCAGGGCUUCCGCUCCAGCAGCUUGGUUGCUGACCUCACCCCUGACAGGGUAGCGAUGGCCACUGAGCAGAGAGGCAGUCCCACCUCAUACCCUGCCCCACACAGGCUCCAGCCCCUCCAUCUCCAGCCACAUCCCCUACCAAGGUGACAGUGGCCAGCAUACCCUGAGGAAAGAUGUGACUGGUGUCCACAUCAAAUCCAGCCCUCACAGCAAAGACACUGGGCAAACAGUCUGCAUAGUGAUGCCCCACAUGGGAUCAUCCCUUGAGGACCACCAUAGGUAACUGCUUCAGGUAAAUGCAUAGAGACAGGGAAAGUUAAGUAAAAUGAAGAGGCAGAGGAACUACUCUCCACUGGAAAAAAGAGAAAACCCCAGAAAAAAUAAAUAAUGUAACAGAAAUAAGCAAUUUACCAAAGAAUUCAAAACAUUGGUAACAAAAAUCCUAACUGAGUUAGGGAAGAGGAUUGCUCUAAACACAGAUCUUCUUAAUAAGGAACUAGAAAAUAUAACAAAGACUCAAUCAAAAAUAGAUAAUUCAAUAUCUGAGAUUAAAAAGCACUCUAGAAGCCAUGAGUAAUAGACGAAAUGCCACAGAAGAACACAUAAGUGAUCUGGAAGAUAGAAUAAUGGAAAUCACCCAAUCAGAACAGUAGACAGAAAGACAAAUGAAAACAAAACAAAACCAAAAAACGAGGAACAUGCGCGAUCUCUGGGAUAACAUCAAACAUGCCAACACUCACAUUUUAGGGGUUCUAGAAGGAGGAGAGAGAGAGAAGGGUAUCGAAAUUAUGGCUGAAACUUCCUAAACCUAAGGAAGGAAACAGAUAUCCAGGUACAGGAAGUACAGAGGGUCCCAAACAAAAUGAACCCAAUCAGACCCACACCAAGAUAUAUAAUUAAAAUGGCAAAAGUUCAAGAUAAUGAAUUCUAAAGGCAGCAAGAGAAAAACAAGGAGUCAGUUACAUGGGAACCCUGAUAGGUCUGUCAGCUGAUUUCCCUGCAGAAACUUUGCAGGCCAGAAGCGAGUGGCAUGAUAUAUUCAAAGUGCUGAAACCUGGGGUACUCUAACCCAAAACGUUAUCAUUUAGAAUAGAAGAAGAGAUAAAGGAUUUCUUAGACAAGCCAAACCUAAAAGAAUUUGACAAUACUAAACUUACCCUAAAAGAAAUGUUGAAGGGUCUUCUCUAAACGGAAAAGAAGUAAGAAUAUAUAGGAAAGAGAAGAUCCCAAUAGGAAAGGCAAAUAUGUAGUAAGGACUGAAGACCACUUAAGUAAUCCAGUAUGUAAUUAAAAGACAAGCGUAAAAGCAGCUGUGACUACAAUAAACAGUAAAGGGAUAAACAUGAAGAUGUAAAAUAUAUCAAAAAUACAAAAUGUGGGGGAGGAGAGUAAAAAAUGUAGCUCUUUUAGAAUGCAUUUGAACUUAAAUGACUCAGUUUAAAUCAAGUAGUUAUGAUUAUGGGUCAACAUAUAGGAACCCCAAGGUAACCACAAAUCUAAAACCUACAAUAGGUACACAAAAACCAAAAAGAAAGGAGCCCAAGCAUACUACUAAAGAAAAUCAUCCAACCACGCAAGGGAAAUGAAAAGAAGAAAUGAACAGAGAAGAACUUCAAAAACAACUGGAAAACAAGUAAUAAAAUGGCAAUAGGUACAUACCUAUCAAUUUUUAUAGUUUAAAUGUCAAUGGACUGAAUACUCUGAUCAAAGGACAUAGGGUGGCUGAUUGGAUACUAAACAAGACCCUUCAGUAUGCUGCCAACAAGAGACUCACUUCAGGGUAAAAGACACACACGGACUGAAAGUGAGGAGAUGGAAAAAGAUAUUCCCUGCAAACAGAAACGACAAGAAAGAGGAGAUAGCAAUACUCAUAUCAGAUCAGGCAAAAUAGACUAGAACAAAGGCUAUAACAAAGAUAAAGAAGGGCAUUAUAUAAUGACAAAGGGAAUCAAUACAGGAAAAGGAUAUACUCUUCCUUAACAUAUACACACCCAAUACAGGAGCACCUACAUGUAUAAAGGAAAUACUAACAGACAUAAAGGGACAAAUUGACAAUAAUACAAUAACAGUAGGGGGCUUUAACACUCCCCUCACAUCAGUGGACAGAUCAGACAGAAAUCAGUAAGGCAACAGUGGUCUUAAAUGACACAAUAGACCAGACUUGGUCUUGGACUUGAUUGAUAUCUGUAGGACAGUACAUCCAAAACCAGCAGAAUACACAUUCUUCUCAAGUGCACAUGGAAUGUUCUCCAGGAUAGAUUACAUACUAGGUCACAAGAAAAAGCCUUAACAAAUUUAAGAGGAUAGAAAUUAUACCAAGUGUUGUUUCUGACCACAAUGUUGUUUCUGAAAUCAACUGUUGAAAGAAAAACAGGAAAAGAAGAAACACGUGGAGACUAAACAACAUGCUACUAAAAAAACAGUGGGUCAAUGAGGAAAUCAGAAAAUACUUCAAGACAGAUGAAAAUGGAAACACAACUUCCCAAAAUCUAUGGAAUGCAGCAGAAGUGAUUCAAGAGGGAAGUUCAUGGCAAUACAGGCCUUCCGCAGGUAACAAGAAAAAUUUCAAGUAAACAACCUAGGCUACCAUCUAAAAAAAUUACAAAAAGAAGAAAAAACAAAGCCCAAAGUCAGCGGAAGAAAGGAAAUAAUAAAGAUCAGAGAAGAAAUAAAGAGAUUUUAAAAAACAACUGAAAUGAUAAAUGAAACCAAGAGCUGGUUUUUUGUACAGAUAAACAAAAUUGAUAAACCUUUAGCCAGGCUUAUCAAGAAAAAAAAAAAAAGAGAGAGAGGAUCCAAAUAAACAAAUUAAGAAAUGAAAGAGGAGAAAUACCAACCGAUACCACAGAAAUACAAAAAAAAUCAUAAGAGAGUACUAUGAAUAGUUAUAUGCCAAAAAAAUGGACAACCUACUGAGAAAUGGUAUGCCAACAAAUUGGACAAUCUAGUGAGAAAUGGACAAAUUUCUAGCAACAUACAGCCUGGCAAGAUGGAGUCAAGAAGAAACAUAAUUUGAGCAGAGCAAUCACUAGAAGUGAAAUUGAAUUUGUAAUUUAAAAAAAAAAAAAAAAAACCUCCCAGAAAACAAAAGUCUACGACUGGACAGCUUCACAGCGGAAUUCUACCAAACAUACAAAGAACAUACACCUAUCCUUAAACUAUUCCUAAAAAUUGAAGAGGACGGAACGUUCCCAAAUUCAUUCUACGAGGCCACCAUUACCCUGAUACCAAAACCAGAUAAGACACCACAAGGAAAGAAAGUUAUGGGCCAAUAUCUUUGAUGAAUAUAGAUGCAAAUAUCCCCACAAAAUAUUAGCAAACCAAAUCCAACAAUACAUAAAAAGGAUCAUGUACCAUGAUCAAGUUGGAUUUAUUCCAGGGUCACAAGGAUGGUUUAAAGGUCACAAGUCAAUCGGUGCGAUACACCACACACCACAUCAACAAAAUGAAGGAUAAAAAUCACGUGAUCAUCUGAAUAGAUGCAGGAAAAGCAUUUGACAAAAUUCACCAUCCAUCAUGACAAAAACUCUCAUUAAAGUAGGUAUAGAGGGAAUAUACCUCAACAUAAUAAAGGCCAUUUAUGACAAGCCCACAGCCAACAUAAUACUCAGUGGUGAAAGGCUAAAAAUCUUCCUGCUGAAUGCAGAAACAAGACAAUGAUGCCCACUCUUGCCAUUUCUAUUUAAUAUAGUAUUGGAAGUCCUAGCCACAGCAGUCAGACAAAGAAAAGGAAUAAAAGGUAUCCAGAUUGGAAGGGAAGAGGUAAAACUGUCACUAUUUGCAGAUGACGUGAUAAUUUUUAUAGAGAACCCUAAAGUCUCCACCCAAAUACUAUUAGAACUAAUAAGUGAAUUCAGCAAGGUUGCAGGAUACAAGAUUACUAUACCGAAAUCAUUUGUGUUUCUGUACACUAAUAAUGAAAUAUCAGAAAGAGAAAAUUUUAAAAAAUAAUCCCAUUUAAAAAUCACAUCAAAAGGAAUAAAAUACCUAGGAAUAAACUUAACCAAAUAGGUGAAAGACCUGAAAACUAUAAAAUAUUGAUGAAGGAAAUUGAAGGUGAUACAAAGAAAUGGAAAGAUAUCCCAUGCUUUUGGAUUGGAAGAAUUAAUAUUGUUAAAAUGGCCAUUCUACCCAAAGAAAUCUACAGAUAUAAUGGAAUCUCUAUCAAAACACCCAUGACAUUUUUUUCUCAGAACUAGAUCAAAUAGUCCUAAAAUUCUUAUGGAACCACAAAAGACCCUGAAUUGUCAAAGCAAUCCUGAGAAAAAAGAACAAAGCUGGAGGAAUCAUGCUCCCUGACUUCAGGCUAUAUUGCAAAGCUACAGCACUCAAAGCAGUGUGGUAUUGGCGCAAAAACAGAUACAUAGAUCAGUGGAACAGAAUAAAGAGCCCAGAAAUUAACCCACACACCUACAGCUAAUUAAUCUUCAUCAAAGGAGGCAAGAAUAUACAAUGGAGAAAAGACAGUCUCUACAGCAAGUGGUGUUGGAAAAGCUGGGCAGCCGCAUGUAAAUCAAUGAAGUUAGAACACACCCUCACACCAUACACAAGAAUAAACUCAAAAUGGUUUAAGGACCUAAGUGUAAGGCCUGAAACCAAAAAAUUCCUGGAAGAAAACAUAGGUGGAACACUCUUUUUAUUUUUUAAAAAAAGUUUAUUUAUUUUAUUUAUUUGUGGUUGUGUUGGGUCGUUGUUGCUGUGCGUGGGCUUUCUCUAGUUGCGGCAAGCGGGGGCUACUCUUCGUUGCAGUGUGCAGGCUUCUCAUGGCGGAGGCUUCUUUUGCUGUGGAGCACGGGCUCUAGGCGCACGGGCUUCAGUAGUGGCAACACACGGGCUCAGUAGUUGUGGCUCGCGGGCUCUAGAGCGCAGGCUCAGUAGUUGUGGUGCACGGGCUUAGUUGCUCCAUGGCAUGUGGGAUCUUCCUGGACCAGGGCUCGAACCUGUGUCCCCUGCAUUGGCAGGCAGAUUCUUAACCACCACGCCACCAGGGAAGCCCGGUGGAACACUCUUUGACCUAAAUUAUAUGGUAUUUUCUUGGAUCAGUCUCCUAAGGCAAAAGAAAUAAAUGCAAAAAUACAUAAUGGUACCUAAUUAAACUUAAAAGCUUUUGCAUAGCAAAGGAAGCCAUCAAUAAAGUGAAAAGACAACCUACGGACUGGGAGAAAGUAUUUGCAAAUGAUAUGACUGACAAGGGGCUAAUAGCCAAAAUAUAUAAACAGCUCAUACAGCUCAAUAUCAAAAAAGCAAACAGCCCAAUCAAAAAAUGGCCAGAAGACCUGAAUAGACAUUUUUCCAAAGAAGACAUACAGAUGGCUAACAGGAAAAAAUGCUCAGCAUCACUAGUUUUUAGAGAAAUGCAAAUCAAAACCAUAAUGAGGUAUUACCUCACACCUGUCAGAAUGGCUGUUAUCAAAGU